AUGACAGACGAAAUUUCACUUGUUUGCAUUCUCGAUGGAGAGUCGACUACAUUCCCAGUGAACUUUAAUCCCCGAAGAACUAUCUGCCAUCUCAAGAAUGCCAUCAAGAAAAAGAAAGUAAACGCUCUUCAAGGCAUUGACGCUAACACACUCAACCUUUACCAUGUCUCUGUUCUUGAUGAGGGGACUGCAGUCAAUAUCACCGAUGUUGAAUCAAAAGAGUCACUCACCAGAGGAACAAGCGAGAUCUUUGAAGUCUUUGGAACGGCGCCACCAAAGAAAACCAUCCACAUCAUCGUCCAGCGGUCGUUGGAAGUUGUCAUCUAG